UCCGGAAAUAAAAGCAAGCCUCCUCUCCUAGUUGAAGGUUAAUCCACGGCGAAGCCAUUCCAGCAGAUUCAUUCAUCUUUUUUUAAAAUGAUAAGUAGCUUUAGAGUUGGGGGCCUCCGCUUUCAUCGCCCACAGCCGGCGCCUCUUUUCCGUCCUUUCUCCCGCUCAAUUCGACUCUUCACCGCCUCCUGCUCGGCGGCGCUGCCAGGAGAGCGGCAGAAAGUAGUGGUAAUAUCUGGCCCAACCGGCGCCGGAAAGAGCAGGCUCGCAUUAGAACUUGCGAAACGACUGAAUGGAGAAAUCGUAAGCGCUGACUCCGUGCAGGUUUAUAGAGGACUUGAUGUUGGUUCUGCCAAACCUUCAGUUAGUGAAAGACAGGAAGUUCCACAUCAUUUGGUUGAUGUAUUGCACCCAUCUGAAGAUUAUUCUGUUGGACAGUUUUAUGAGGAUGCUAGGAAAAUAACUGAAGAAAUUCUCAGUAGAGGUCGAGUCCCAAUAGUCUCAGGUGGUACAGGGUUGUACUUGCGGUGGUUCAUUUAUGGGAAACCGGAUGUUCCAAAAGCCUCUCAUCAGAUAACAUCCGAGGUGCAUGCAGAACUUGCAGAUUUACAGAGAGAUGGUAAUUGGUAUGAAGCUGUACAGCUUGUGAUUAAAGCAGGUGAUCCAGGUGUCCAUUCUUUAGCUGCAAAUGAUUGGUACCGGUUACGCCGUAGGCUUGAAAUUCUCAAGUUAACUGGGGCAUCACCAUCCACCUUUGAAGUGCCCUAUAAUUCUUUUAAGGAGAAGUUUGAAUCAAGUGCAGUAGAUGAUUCUGGCAUAAAUUCUUCAGUUGCUGAGGAGAGUAGAGCAAAGGAUUUGAAGUACAAUUUUAUUUGUUUUUUCCUAUCAACCCAAAGGCUAGAUCUUUAUCGAUCAAUUGAUUCUCGGUGUGAGGAGAUGCUUUUAGGUGAUGGACUUUUGUCUGAGGCAAAGUGGCUUCUUGAUUUGGGCCUUAUGCCUAAUUCAAACUCUGCGACUCGGGCUAUUGGUUAUAGACAAGCUAUGGACUACCUACUAUUGUCCAGAGAACAAGAGGGCUGGAGUUCUCCUAAAGACUUCUACAAGUUUCUUUUUGAAUUUCAAAAGGCGUCUAGAAAUUUUGCAAAACGACAAUUAACAUGGUUUCGGAAUGAGCCCCUUUAUCAAUGGAUUGAUGCUUCAAACCCCUUGGAAAAUGUGCUCAGCUUCAUAUGUGAUGCUUAUGAGGAUCAAACAGGGAAACUUGAAGUACCUCGAUCCCUUAGAAUGGAGAAGGACAUGUCAAACUUAAAAGAAGUCCGGCUGCUAAAAGCUUAUCGCCCAAAAAAUAGGCAUUUCAUGUCGCGAGAAGAUUGUAGCAAUAUUUUGGAGUGGGUGAGGAAGAACCAAGGGGUUGCAACCAUCGGCCUUCCAUAGAUUGCACGCUACAAAGCCUCCCUGCAUUAGUUAUUAUGUCUCUAUGGCCUAGGUGUCAUCUAUUCUUACAACAGAUGGUUUUGGGGACAGUGAAGAACGUACGGUAAGAGGAAGGCAGUUGUAAAGAUGGUUGAGGUGGAUUUUUUGAUGGAAGUAUCUGUCAAAUUUGCAACUGAUGUCUGAUAUACUAAAUCAGUUCGUUCUCUUUUAGCCAUUUUUAUUUAUUCUGUCUUCGACGUUCAUUUAACUCGGAAGUAGUGCCGGAAGGUCCUGUACUGGAAUUCAGCAGCUGCUGCCGCCAUGGGAAUGGAAAUGCCGAGCGCCGGCCUUGACAUUGGCAAAUAAUUUAAUUUUGCUUAAAUUUGGUCACGGAAUGAUUUAGGCUACUCAUUGAAUACACAACACAGAAAAGAUGAACUCAAGCAAGAACAUAAUAGUACCUGGAAUCGAAAACAGCCACCAGUGACCUCGACCAGCACAUCGCAAUGCACAAGAAACUCAUUUCCGGGGCAACCAGCGACCUAAACACCUUAGUAUUCUAUACACUGUACAGUCGGCGGACUGGUUCUCGAACCUACAUAAAAAUUCAUAAGAAGCUGACAUUUCACUGCCUUCAUCUUAAUAGGAGUCGAGAUUUCCGGGACACCAUUGUUAAUGAACAAAGAAUUUACCUUCAGCUUGGCGAAUCUCGAUUUCUCGCCAUUCUUGGACAAGAGCACAGCAGCAGCACAUUAGGUGGGAGAGAAAGUCGUCGAUUGCGCCGCCCUGUAAAGAAAGACGCAAACAAGAUUGCCCACAAAGUAUGUAUGUGUAUAUAUAUAUAUAUGUAUAGUUAUUAACCCGCGAUGUUAUUUGUCUCGUAUGUACUCAUCUUGACAAGAAAGAUAAUACAAGUUACCCGGAUGUUUAGCAU